AUGAGGAUAGAAGAACUUAUUAUAGAUGGAUUUAAGUCCUACGCCGUCCGUACUAUUAUCUCAGGAUGGGAUCCUGAAUUUAAUGCGAUUACUGGUCUAAAUGGGUCUGGAAAGUCAAACAUUUUGGAUGCGAUCUGUUUCGUAUUGGGCAUUACAAACUUAAGCCAGGUUCGGGCAAACAAUAUGCAAGAUUUGAUCUAUAAACGUGGUCAAACCGGGGUUAAUAAGGCUUCAGUUACUAUC